GCACUUGCUGAAAGUAAACUGCAUCUAAAAGCUUCUACUAAGUAAAUAUAUCCUUCAACUUUGAAAUAUUGUUUCAGGAAGAAACAAAUCAAAUCUCUUCUUAGUUAUCGCCAGAGCAGAAUUAAGAUUUUUUUUUAAUAAAAUAUUGUGCAUGUUCAAGCAGUACCUUCCUGUGGUUAAAUGAAUUCUCGCUCACAUUCCUCCUCACACAUAUUCCUUCCCAGGUAACCCAGCUUCUUAUAUUUUACUAAUUAAUUCAAAAAUAUGCAAAAAACCCUUUGAAUUAAUCCUUCUAUUCUCUUUAUGCAUGAGACCUGUUGGCUGUCCUUGGGUUUUCUUUCUUGUGCUGAGUGCUGGUUACAGCCUGAGUAAAAAUAUGGCAACAGAGAAUCUAUGACACUGUUUGUUAUGGCAUGUAUUAUAUUUUUCAAAGUAUUUAACAGAAUAACCAUAAAGAAAUGCUUUACAUUAUAUUUCAUUAUGUUACACUCAAAGUUCGGCAGUAAAAAAAAAGCUAUAAUACAUGUCUCAGACAAAAACUGUGGUUCUGGGGUAUAUUAUCUGAAUCAUUGAAAACUACCAUAGUUAUUCUAGAAAUUCAGGAACUCUGGCACUACAGGCAUGCAGGAAGGGAAUAGCUAAAUAAGACAGACAAAAGCUGGCAAGUGAACUCAUUCAAUGCUUGCACAUGUGCUGAAAGUUUAAUUUCUUGUGUUUUGGUUAGAGAUGUGCAAGGAGUAAACCUCAGUGCUGGCCAGCAAAGCCGAUAUCAGAGAUAAAAGGUCUGUCAGCCAAAAUAUCCAAAACUAUGCCUCAACAUCAAGGUCAGAAAACCUUUGUUAUUCCCAAGCAAAAAAAUGUGUCUGUUUCAUGUCUCUUCUGACUUGUGAUGAGACUUGUCCCAGCAAUCACUCCAGGCAGUCCCCCUGGUUAUAAAGCCACGUCCGGAGCGGAUUUGCUCAUUUGUAGGGACUGCAAAGGGGCUGAGAGGCACCAAGCAAAGCUGAACACCUCUGACAGCCUCUGCCUCUCUCCCUUCUCUCUCUUUCUGAAGCCAAGCAGAACCUCUUUGAAGAGAUGGUCCUGGAGACCCUGAACCCAAUGCACUUCAACAUCACCAGCCUGGUACCAGACACGAUGCCCGUGGCCACCGUGCCCAUACUCAUCCUCAUGUGCUUUCUCUUCCUCAUAUGGAAUCAUGAAGAGACUUCAUCAAUACCAGGGCCAGGAUACUGCAUGGGAAUUGGCCCCCUCAUCUCUCAUGGCAGAUUUCUCUGGAUGGGAGUAGGGAAUGCCUGCAACUACUACAACAAGACAUACGGAGAGUUUGUGAGAGUUUGGAUCGGCGGUGAAGAAACAUUUAUAAUUAGCAAAUCCUCCAGCGUGUUCCAUGUAAUGAAGCACUGGCAUUACGUGUCUCGGUUUGGGAGCAAGCUUGGAUUGCAGUGCAUUGGCAUGUACGAGAAUGGGAUCAUAUUUAACAACAACCCAGCUCACUGGAAAGAAAUUCGGCCCUUUUUCACCAAAGCUCUGUCUGGCCCCGGGCUGGUGCGGAUGAUCGCGAUCUGCGUGGAGUCAACCAUCGAGCACCUGGAGCAGCUGCAGGAGGAAACCACGGAGCUGGGCAACAUCAACGUGCUCAACCUCAUGAGGAGGAUCAUGCUCGACACUUCCAACAAGCUCUUCCUUGGGGUCCCCCUGGAUGAAAAUGCCAUUGUGCUUAAGAUUCAAAACUACUUUGAUGCCUGGCAAGCCCUUUUAUUAAAGCCUGACAUAUUUUUUAAGAUUUCUUGGCUGUGCAAGAAGUACAAAGAUGCAGUCAAGGAUCUUAAAGGAACAAUGGAAACUUUAAUAGAACAGAAAAGACAAAAGCUUUCCACUGUGGAAAAGUUGGAUGAACACAUGGAUUUUGCAUCUCAGUUGAUUUUUGCACAGAACAGAGGGGAUCUGACUGCUGAGAAUGUGAACCAGUGUGUGCUGGAGAUGAUGAUUGCUGCUCCUGACACUCUGUCUGUGACUCUCUUCUUUAUGCUAGUCCUGAUUGCAGAGCACCCCACAGUGGAAGAGGAGAUGAUGAGAGAAAUUGAAGCUGUUGUGGGCGACAGAGACAUCCAAAGUGAUGACAUGCCAAACUUAAAAACUGUGGAGAAUUUUAUUUAUGAGAGCAUGAGAUACCAGCCAGUGGUGGACCUGAUCAUGAGGAAAGCACUGCAGGACGAUGUCAUUGAUGGCUACCCCGUGAAAAAGGGCACCAACAUCAUCCUCAACAUCGGCCGCAUGCACAAACUCGAAUUCUUCCCAAAGCCAAACGAGUUCUCUCUGGAAAAUUUUGAGAAAAAUGUCCCCUCCCGCUAUUUCCAGCCCUUUGGGUUCGGCCCCCGGAGCUGCGUGGGCAAGUUCAUUGCCAUGGUCAUGAUGAAGGCAAUCCUGGUGACUCUCCUGAGGCGCUGCAGAGUGCAGACAGUGAAAGGAAGAGGCCUGAACAACAUCCAGAAAAACAACGACUUGUCCAUGCACCCCAUAGAGAGGCAGCCUCUGCUGGAGAUGGUUUUCACACCCAGAAGAAAUGCAGACGAGAGCCAGGGUGAUAGAAUGGAUCAGCACUAAAGUUACAGGAUUUUCUCAACCACUAAGAAAUAAUCAUUCCUAGUUAAAUACAGAAAGUAAAACGUUUUGUUGCCCCUAAAUGACUUCAAGUGACACCUUGUUCUGCCUGUGCAGCAGAACCAAAGCAGAAUUGGAAAGACUGAAAGUACAGAAUAGUUUUGUUGUACAUGAAGCCAUGCUAUACAAUUCCUGAUUACAUUUUAAAACCAUAGAGUUUAGACAAAGUUACGCCUUCCCUUUCAAACACUGCCAGUUCAGAGGUUUGAGGGUCAACAAACCAACAUACCUGAUAUGUGCUUAAUUCCCUUUCCCCUACCUCCCUGAAGCUGGACCUAGCAAUAUUUGACCACAGCAAAAACGCUGUUUUCAAAAUAGCUGAAUGAAUAACAUAAGUUCCUUUCAAGACUAAGAAACAAUUUAAAGUAUUCAAGACGUCUAUAAGUUGUAAAGAAGUGUUUGAAC